AUGUCUGAAGAAAAUGUUGUGCUGCAGCAGAGAGAAGCAACAGCAGCAGCAGCAGCAGCGGCUUCUCCUUCCCUAUUCUGUUACAUACGCAGCAGACUAGGAUGGCUCAGUGAGCCCCAGCAGCUGCAGUUGCAGCAGCAGCAACAGCAUCCGCAGCAACAGGACGAGCAGGAGGAGGAGGAUCCGCAACAGCAACAGCAACAGCUAUUGCAGCAGCAGCAGCAACAGCAGCAGCAGCAGCAGCACGAAGAGCCCUCCCGUUUCGUCUGCGUGUUCCAUGACUGCCUUCCUCAUGACGGCGACUCCUCUCCACCGCCAGCAGCAGAGACAGCAGCAACAGCAGCAACAGCAGCAACAGCAGCACCAACAACAACAGCAGCAGCAGCAGGAGGAGCUGUGCUGCAGGGGGUUGGGGCUUUUUUACCAGGUGUAUCUUUAUCUCUUUCUUUAUUUUCAUCAGAGCUUGCUGCUGCUGCUGCUAUUAGUGCUACUGUUGCUGUAGCAGGACUUGCAGGAACUUUGGUGGGGGGAUGGGUUGCGGAGGCACUUGAAGGGAGAGCUGCUGCUGCUGCUGCUGCUGCUGAUGCUGCUGAUGUUGCUGCUGCUGCAUCUUUGCACUGGCCAAGAAGGCUCGAAACAACACUAACAGCAGCAACAGCAGCAGCAGGAGAAACGCAGCCUACAGCAGCAGCAGCAGCAGCAGGAAAACCAUGUGACUCAGCAGCAGUACAGCCGAAUUCAGAAAUGCAGCAGCAGCAGCAAGAGCAGCAACAGCAGCAGCAAGAAGGCCACAUGCUGACGCAGGAUUCCAUAAGUCCUGGCGCACCUCCAUGCAUCAAAGCAGCAGCAGCAGUAACAGCAGCAGCAACAGCAGCAAGAGCAGCAGCAGCAACUGACCGCCUGGAGCCGCAGCAAAAAGAAUUUGCUGCCUUUGCAGAAGAGAGAAGCAGGCUGCUGCGGCUGCAUGAGUUGUGCGGAGGUGCUACCUAUACAACAGCCUUCUCUGUUGUGUUUCUUAUUACUGCUUGCUUCAUGGUUAGCUUGUCUCUUGCUGUCCUUAACUCUGUGCCUUAUGAAAGCCGCUUCUUCGCUAAUGCAAUUUGCAUCUGUUAUAUGCAUGCAUUAGGAGAUGUGCCCUCUCCCUUCUUCUUUGGCUGGCUGAAGGAUUUCCUUGCACCUGCAUGCGCGGAACUCGGGCCCGACGGGAAGGCUACUGUGGAUUGCAUGAACGAGAGCAGCGGUUUGCGGUUGACGUUGCUGUGUAUGUACACCCCAAUAAUCCUCAUGUCUUUAGCUGUAUUUGCUGCAAAGUCUAAAGGAAAGGAUAUGCUGCUGCAGCAGCAGCAGCAACAGCAGCAGCUGCAGCAGCAGCUGCUGCUGCACUCAGUCAUCUUUUCGGCUAUCACAGCAAACGUAACCCUUUUUCUUUAG